CCUGGGACACAGCAGCCUGAGCUAGGCACAGGCGUCCCCAGCAGGGCGCCCGUUGGCAUUGGCAUUGCCAUUACUAUUAGUAUUAGCUUCUCAGGUUGGCUUCUACUCAAUUGUACAUAUCAGCACAGACGUAAUACUGAUUGAUGUUUCUGAUUGGGGAGUGGUGUAUGCAAUCUGCUUGCCAGGCGGUCCUCAAUGUCGCCUGGUGUGUCUCGGGCUGCCGUCCUGACGUUUGCCGUGGUAGUCCUCGGGACAGGCGGUGGCAUUUUGUACAUCCAUGAGAGUCAGCAGACGGAGAGACGGAACCUGCAUGCUGGAGUCCUUCGAGACCAGCAGCUUCUGGCGAUGAAGGCAGAAGAGCAGAGGAAACAACUGGAGAUGCAGCAAGGAAGUGAUCCCAGGACCCUCGCGAAAGGAUCCCCGCCAGAACCUCUUACCAAGUGAAGGUCACCACCCACUCCAACAUGGACAGGCCGUCUCGUGCUCGUGCCAAGGGGCCUGACAAACGGGCCUCAGUCGGCGCAGCACUCAACCGUCCUAGUUCACUUCUUCCUGUUUCCUCCGCGCCUAGUCUGGAGCAAGAGGGAGCCUUGGGGCGCGAGCGGCACAUCGGGCCGCCUCGCACGCUGAACGUCUGGGACUUUGCGUCGGAGCGAGCGGCUGAGAUCAGCAGCCUAAACGAGGUUCUCAAGAGUCAGGGGGGAAAGGGCCUGUUCACACUGGCUAGGCAUCUACGGCGGAGGACUACCAGUCACAGCAGGCGGCAGUUCCUGUUCCGGCCCAAGAAACAGAAGGUGGAGUCGGAAAAGGAACUAGAGCAGGGAGAUGGGGGGGAAAGAAAGCCUCAGUCCAGGAAGGUGCGGCGGAGGGCAAUGCUGCAAGCAAUCAAGCGAGGGGAGGCCAAUGUGGGCCCUGACGGAGACAUCCGCCUGGAGACUCACGUGUGGCACGCCAAGCGCUUUGUCAUGGAGCAUCUCUGGGGCCACGUUUUGGCCGCCGGCCUCCCAGGACGAGGGCGUGGCUCGCGCUCUGUCCUCCGGGCAGCACGCUUUGCCGCUCUAGUUCACGACGCCACUUACGUGCAGCCGAUUCAACUAGAAGGCCCCCGAACGGCUGUCUUUGAGGUCCUGGAGUCGGUGUCCUCUUUUCGGCGAGCAGAUGCGGAAAACGGGUCAGCUAAACCGGGGAAUGAACCAAGGAGAGCGGGAGAAGAGGGGGGGGUGUUGGGGAGUGUAGCGUUCGAGGUAAUGUUACACAAGCAGGGGGAUUUUCCACUGGGCGCAAUUGCGCCUGCGACUUUGAUGUGGCGGCCCCAGAGGGGCCAGUGUUCCGGACCCGUAGCAAACGAGGCGGACAUGGAGGAAGACGGGGCGGGAGAUGGGGGGCUCCGUGAUGGUGACGUCAGCAUGGCUGCAGCGCCACAUGAGGAAGCGCUGGGCGACUACAUCCCUCUGGAGGGAUCGACUCCGACGGCCGAGGCGGGGCAGGCGGUUCCGUCUCGGACUCAGGACAUGUCUUCGGAACAGAGGAUCGCAGGCCUAGACUCUGGGCUGGUUGUUGGUAGGGAUCGAAGCGGGAAGAGAGAGAACGAUCCGAUGGAGGAAGAUGAGCGGGAAGGCUUUGGGGGCGCCGCUCGUGCUGACGAGGGUGGGAACGGGGAAGCCGCGGCGCAGUGUCUGGUGUGGGUGCACGCGGCGGCCUUUGACGAAGCGCUGGGUGUCCUUCAAGGGGCGUGUGCAGGGAUGGGUGAGGGGAGCGCCCCCGGGUUUCCAAGGGUGAGGUGCCGGUCCAGGAAAGGCGAGUUCGUGCGAUUGGACGUCAUGGGUGCCGAGACCCGUACCGUCCUCUCGAAGGUCCUUCGGCCAAUCCGGAGCGGAACAUCGUCCCCGGGCGCUGAUGUGUUUGAAUCAGACGGUGCCACGUGGCAGCGGCUGGUCAGUCCAGCCACUCUUGCUCGUUUUCCUCCUCGAGCAGUCCUCUCGCUGACGGUCGAGGACCCCAGGCACCAACACGAGGACGUCAGCACGUUCGCGCAACCGGAGCUUGUUCCCUCCCUUACGGAAAUUGGGCCAGAUGCAGAUUUGCCCCCAGGCUUCGCUAGCCCGCUCUUUUCUCCUACGCAGCCCACACCGAAUAUGCGCAAGUCUCCUUCCGAUCAUCUGUUACAGUCCCCAAGACCCACACCACCCCUUUUCCAAUCAACGGACGUUAGACCCCCCUCCAUUGAUCCUAGGGAGAAAGAAUUGGCCCCCUAUGCAGCGGCAAUGGGGGCCGACUACCCCCUGCUCUGGGACCCCCCCAGAACACCGGACGGUAAGCCUUUGUGGCCCAAACCGGUGAGCAACACCCUUCUAGGUGACCAGCGGAGACAGGCAAGAUUAGCUAGCUUUGGGCUGCCCCCGGAGUCCCCGGGGCCAGCCAGGGGGCGGGGUAGAGGUCGAGGGGGGGUGUCCGGAGACCGGGGAAAGGGCGGGGAAGCCGAAAGCAAUGGGCGGACUUCUUCGUGCUGUCCAGUGUGGCUCGUCCAACGGCCAGCCGAUGCGGAGUUUGCAGCAGGGUGGACCCUCAUCGUGCCGUCCGGCUGGGCCCUGCCUUUCUGGGUGCCGCUUAUCUACGCUGGCGCACACGCGGUGGGACAGCGAGAGCGAAAUUGGGUCGUGACUGAGGCUGGGACUCCCGUCUUUCCGGACGACUACCCGGACUGUCCUGCGUACGCCCGCACAUGGCGAUUGAGGCACCAAAAGCUCCUCGACGAGUACGCCAAAAAGCCUCCCGCCAAGCGGCCCGCCGAGCCGCCUCCGCUGCCGAACUGGGACUCAGUCUGCAGCACCGGGGCAAGGGAACCGCCGUCUGAUCAGUCGAUGGGUGGACAAGCGCCCGAAGCGAGUGCGCGAACCUCAUACUUCGUGGCACGGGACCGAGCGACACUUGCGACAGCUACAGGGGUGGCACGUGAGAAUGUCGCGUCCGAUAGGGACCGGGGACGGAGAACCAAAGGCGUGAGGCAGGGUUUGAAAGCCGGAAAGCUGACGUGGAAAGCCGUGGGAAGUGUGCCUGAGAUUGGGGCUCUGCCCAGGGAGCCUGCUGGGGGGGCUUGCUGCCUGGUCGAAGCGCUGCUUAAGAUGCCCCGGAAGGGAGUCCCCGAGGAGGGAGCCGAGAUCCUGGUUCCGACACAGGACGACUUCGACGCGUGGUGCAAAUCGCGGACGUGGCAGGGGGUAGAACUCCCGCGAGAACGGGGGAGGGGACGAGGAAACGAGCUUGCUCAAGCGGGGCCUAACCAAAGUAGGCCGGUAAUGGGUUAUGUAAUUUCGCCGAGUCCCCCCUCAGGCAGCGCACAGAGCCGGGCGUUUGUAGUGUGUCAGGCGUCCACCUUUCAACGCUUAAGGGCGAGGCAAUACUCUGAGAGAGCGGCUGGUGGGGACGCACAUGUGUUUGUGCUGGUACAUAAUUGCGGCUCGAACAUGGGGAGGCCGGGGCUGCUGAGCUUAAAGCUGGACCAGGAAUGAAUGUACGACAGACUGACGACCUGCAACCGUCCAUAUGAUUGUCGGCCUCGACUGUCUCUGUAGAUUAAGCUCUAGCUCAGGCUGUGCCAGGCGAAGUUGCCUAGCCACCGAGGCGGCGCGCCAGCUGUUUGACCUCAACUUAUUAAUCGUAGUCCAUCCUCGCAAUCGUACAUCCGAAGCGCUAUAUCUGGUUGCGCGCGCAUUCCUGGAGGUACUGCACUGAGUGAUCGUUGCGCAAGCAUUGCCUGGAAGAUCUAA